ACAGACAUUUCUACAGAAAGGGGAGACUGAGUUCAGAAACUGGGACACUGGAACACCCCAAAAUGGUAACUGUGCUUUAAUGAGUACAUCUGGUCUGUGGAACAACACCUCCUGUGAUGACCAGCAUCACUUCAUCUGUUAUGAUGGAAAACAAGACACCAACCAAACAUACGUCUUAAUUCAGGAGAACAGGACCUGGAUAGAUGCUCAGAGUUACUGCAGACAGCAUCACACAGACCUGGUCAGUGUGAGGAACCAGACUGAGAACACAGAGAUAGAGAAGAAGAUAUCACUGACGGGACUUCCUGUGUGGAUCGGUCUGUUUCUAGACUCCUGGAGAUGGUCAGACCAGAGUGACUCCUCAUUCAGAAACUGGCAGUCAGGAUGGCCUUCAACAGAUCAGAGACACAACUGCACUCUUCUGUCGUAUUAUGUUCUUGAAAAUGCAGUUUAUUUUUAUUAUUAUUCUGAAAAGAAGAAAUAUCUUGAAUGGAGAAAUCUAAUAAAUCUGCCCUGUGACGUCACCAAUCCUUUCAUCUGCUAUGGCCCAGCUGUGGAGACCCCUGAGAAACCUCAACUGAAGAGACAUGUGGUGAGAAUGAAAGUGACCCCGAAGGAUCCAAAUCUGAACCUCAGUGAUCCUGCUGUUCAGGACGUCAUCUUACAACAGAUAAGGAACAAGCUGAAGGAGCAGGGGUUACCUGCAGACACCAAAGUGACAUGGAAAAAGCAGCCUGAUGGGAAGGUCUUCCACAAGGAGGAAGAGGGGUCUCCCAAGAAAGAAGAGGAGGAGAAGAAGAUGAAGAGGAUGAUGACAAAGAGAGAACUCUAAUUAUGUCAAAUGUUCUCUCCUUUUUUAUUUAGAUUAAUUAUCUGUACUAGGAUGUAUUUUCUGAACCUAAUUAAAUGUGUUUUAUUAAAUAAAUUGUUUAUUAUAAACAUUAAUAGUGUUUUAUCUUGAGAUGUUGUUAUUGAUAAUUUUCUUGACUUUUAUUACAGGGUUUGUUCUCAAGACAGACUUUUCACACAUCAUGUCUGUAAAUGAGUUAUUUGUAGUUAUGUUCAUAUUCAGGGCUGAGAAAAAGUAUUUUCCUCCUUUCUAAUGUUCUCAACUUUUACAGAUUUAAGAUGAAGAAUGUUAUCAGAUCUUCAAAGAAAACAGAAUAUUAGAUAAAGGGAAC